GCCCGCGUGCACGACAAAAACAACUACCGAGGGAGAAGGAAGUUGACAGCUGGUUAAUAUUUAGUGGUGUUGACUGGUGGUGAGACUGGAGGAACCUUUUGUGAACCAGUCAUCUCAUCGUCCUCAGCCUAGAGCGAUGCCACUUUGCAGAAUGAGACCCUUCUCCUGACACAGGGAGGGUACUCCUCCCCCAACCUUAGCAACCCGGACGAUCUACCUACCUACCUCACCCCUGACCCCCAUUGCCUCACCCCUGACUAACCCAUAAACCCUCCCCUCUAAUUACUACCUCAACUCUCCUCUAUGUAAACCUGCUGCUCUUAAACCGCUCUGUCCCCACCCUCCUGAGUAUUACAUUACAUUCAACACACCAACAGGGGGAAUUUAAAAAAGCAUGGUCAGUGCCUACUCCCUGGUGUCCAUUUUGUGCCCAGAGUGGAGUCAUCAGUAGGGUGCUCUAAGCCUGUGUACUGGCACGCGACUGUGCUGCUGAACUUCGAGUGACGUCCCCACUCUGUGAUGUCAGAGGCUGGAGGAGAGGGGCGGGACCAGAGUGGGAAUCUCACGUUUGUGGUUGGCUGUGUCGAUGAAGACCACCGAGGCUCAGAAGAAGGAGGAAGAAUGAAGAACGAGGGAGUGAUGCGAAAAGGAGAGGAGGAGGACGACAAGGAUUAUGACUCGCCUCCAGAGAGGCAGAUCGUGGUGGGCAUCUGCUCCAUGAUGAAGAAGUCCAAGUCCAAACCCAUGACCCAGAUCAUGGAAAGGCUGUGUAAGUUUGAGUACAUCACAGUGGUCAUCUUCCCCGAGGAGGUCAUCCUCAACCAGCCCGUGGACAAAUGGCCCCUGUGUGACUGCCUCGUCUCCUUCCACUCCAAAGGUUUCCCAUUGGAUAAAGCGGUAGAGUACGCCAAACUCAGAAACCCACUUCUCAUCAAUGACCUGAACAUGCAGUACUACAUACAAGACAGGAGGGAGGUGUAUCGUAUCUUGCAGGAGGAGGGCAUUGAUCUUCCUCGUUACGCUGUGUUAACCCGAGACCCAGACAGACCUGAAGAGUGUAACCUGGUGGAGGGGGAGGAUCAUGUGGAGGUGAACGGGGAGGUGUUCCCCAAACCCUUUGUGGAGAAGCCUGUGAGUGCUGAGGACCAUAACGUUUACGUCUACUACCCCACCUCAGCUGGAGGCGGCAGCCAGAGACUCUUCCGCAAGAUAGGGAGCCGCAGCAGUGUGUACUCCCCAGAGAGCUGUGUGAGGAAGACUGGCUCCUACAUAUACGAGGAGUUCAUGCCAACGGACGGCACUGAUGUCAAGGUGUACACAGUGGGCCCUGACUAUGCCCAUGCUGAGGCAAGGAAGUCCCCCGCCCUGGACGGUAAGGUGGAGAGGGACAGCGAGGGGAAGGAGAUCCGCUACCCUGUCAUGCUCUCCGCCAUGGAGAAACUGGUGGCCCGCAAGGUCUGCCUGGCCUUCAAGCAAACUGUGUGUGGCUUCGACCUCUUGAGAGCAAACGGCCACUCCUUCGUCUGUGACGUCAACGGCUUCAGCUUUGUGAAGAACUCCAUGAAGUACUAUGACGACUGUGCCAAAGUCUUGGGGAACAUAGUGAUGCGAGAGCUGGCCCCUCAGUUCCACAUCCCCUGGUCCAUCCCCCUGGAGGCUGAGGACAUACCCAUAGUCCCCACCACCUCGGGAACCAUGAUGGAGCUGCGCUGUGUCAUCGCCAUCAUCCGCCACGGAGACCGCACCCCCAAACAGAAGAUGAAGAUGGAAGUCCGACACCCUCUAUUCUUUGCGCUGUUUGAAAAGUAUGGAGGCUACAAGUCAGGGAAACUGAAGUUGAAGAAGCCCAAACAGCUACAGGAAGUGCUGGACAUUGCCCGGCUCCUACUGGCUGAGUUGGGACAGCACACAGACUGUGAGAUCGAGGAGAAGAAGGGUAAACUGGAGCAGCUCAAGACGGUUCUAGAGAUGUACGGCCAUUUCUCAGGCAUCAACAGGAAGGUGCAGCUCACCUACCUGCCCAAUGGACAGCCCAAAGCCUCCAGUGAGGAAGAAGAGGGUCCAAAGGAGGGUCCGUCUCUGCUGCUGGUGUUGAAGUGGGGAGGGGAGCUGACCCCGGCAGGCAGGGUACAGGCUGAGGAGCUGGGCAGGGCCUUCCGCUGCAUGUACCCUGGAGGUCAAG